ACUGUCACUGCUAAAUUCAGAGCAGAUAGAGCCUGCGCAAUGGAAUAAAGUCCUCAAAAUUGAAAUGUGACAUUGCUCUCAACAUCUCCCAUCUCUCUGGAUUUCUUUUUUGCCUCAUUAUUCCUGCUAACCAAUUCAUUUCCAGACUUUGCACUUCAGAAGCAAUGGGAAAAAUCAGCAGUCUUCCAACCCAAUUAUUUAAGUGCUGCUUUUGUGAUUUCUUGAAGGUGAAGAUGCACAUCAUGUCCUCGUCGCACCUCUUCUACCUGGCCCUGUGCUUGCUCACCUUCACCAGCUCUGCCACAGCGGGGCCGGAGACGCUCUGCGGGGCUGAGUUGGUGGAUGCUCUUCAGUUCGUGUGUGGAGAUAGGGGCUUUUAUUUCAACAAGCCCACAGGGUACGGCUCCAGCAGUCGGCGGGCGCCUCAGACGGGCAUCGUGGACGAGUGCUGCUUCCGGAGCUGUGAUCUGAGGAGGCUGGAGAUGUACUGCGCACCCCUCAAGCCCUCCAAGUCAGCCCGCUCCGUCCGUGCCCAGCGCCACACUGACAUGCCCAAGGCUCAGAAGGAAGUACAUUUGAAGAACACAAGUAGAGGGAGUACAGGAAACAAGAACUACAGAAUGUAGGAAGACUGUCUUGAGGAGUGAAGAAUGACAUGCCACUGGCGGAAUCCUUUGCUCUGCAUAUGUUACCUGUUAAACAUUGGAAGAUCUACCAAAAAAACACAUUUGAUAACAUUUCGAAAGAUGGGCAUUCCCCCCAAUGAAAUACGCAAGUAAACAUUCCAACGUUGUCUUUAGGAGUGAUUGUUAAAAGCUUUGCACCUUGCAGCUAUGGCCCUGGAAUUGGUAGAUUGCUGUUGAUCCUUUAUCAAUGAUGUUCUAUAGAGAAAUAUAUAUAUAUCUAUCUAUCUAUAUAUAUAUAUAUCUUAGUCCCUGCCUCUCAAGAGCCACAAAUGCAUGGGUGUUUCAUAGAUCCAGUUGCACUAAAUUUGUCUCUCCAUCUUGGCUGUUGGAGCCAUCCAUUAGCAGCCUUGUCUAAGUGGUUUUAUUAAUUUUUUUCUUAUUUGCACUUCUUUCUACGCAACACGGGCUCUUUGUUUUACAGUGUCUGAUAACCUUGUUUGUCUAUCCCCAUUGCCGCUCCAUCACAUUUGUAUUUGCCAAACUUGGCCUCCUCAAUAGCAGCAGUAAGCAUCAAGUAGCACACUCAUUUUUAA